UUCCGUAAAUAAAAGUUCAGUGGUCCAAUCCCAAGCACUCGUUCUCUAUAACAAUGUGUGACGUCAUGAGUUGUGUUGUAGGAGAAAAUGGCUGAAUUAGGCAGAAACCCUGUUUGGGGCCGAAAAGCACGUUUACUUCUAGGAUUAGGUGUAUUCUUAGGACAAGGAAGUUCAGCAAAUGGAGUGGAGUGUUACUGUGAUGGCCAUUGUCCCGACGGUAAGCCCAAUGGAACGUGUGUGGGACAGCCUGGAAGCCAGUGCUUCAGUGCUGUGGAGGAGGUUUAUAACUCGGAAACGGGGAUAUGGGAGGAGGAGCGGACGUUUGGCUGCCUGCCUCCUGAUGAAAGUGGUUUAAUGCAGUGUAAAGGCCACCUGGUACCUCACAUGCGUGGCAAGUCAAUAUUGUGCUGUAACUACACAAAUCUGUGUAACCAGUUCCUACUACCAGAGCCAGUAAGGGGCAGCACUACCCCACGACCAUCACUCACUUAUGAUGACAGCAUCCCCUAUAUUGCUCUCAUCAUCUCCAUAACUGUUUGUCUUAUUGCAUUCCUCAUCGUAGUUGCAUGUGUUUAUCUCAGGUAUAAGAAGCGUGAGGAUCGCAGACAAAUGUACCUUGUGCAGGCAACAAGGAACUGUGACCCUUAUCUGGCAAACAGUGGUACCCUUCAGGAGCUGAUAGAUCAGAGUUCAGGAUCAGGCUCUGGGUUGCCUCUGCUGGUUCAACGUACGAUUGCAAAGCAGAUCCAGAUGGUACAGUCAAUAGGAAAAGGUAGAUAUGGAGAAGUGUGGCUUGCAAGGUGGCGAGGAGAGAGGGUUGCAGUUAAAGUCUUCUUCACAACAGAAGAAGCAAGUUGGUUCCGAGAGACUGAAAUCUAUCAAACAGUAUUGAUGCGACAUGAAAAUAUUUUAGGUUUCAUUGCAGCUGACAUCAAAGGCACAGGCUCAUGGACGCAGAUGCUCCUGAUCACGGACUACCAUGAAAAUGGCUCAUUACAUGACUACCUUCACACACAUGUGCUAGAUCCCUCAUCUCUUCUGACCCUUGCUCUCUCUGCUGCAAGCGGAGUGGCACACCUCCAUACUGAGAUUUUUGGUACCCGAGGCAAACCAGCUAUAUCACAUCGUGAUAUCAAGAGCAAAAAUAUCCUGGUAAAAAGAAAUGGCCAGUGUGCCAUUGCAGAUUUUGGCCUAGCAGUGAGAUAUAUCAGUGAAAGCAAUGAGAUUGACAUUGCACCCAACACACGUGUUGGGACUCGACGAUACAUGGCACCUGAGGUGCUUGAUGAGUCGCUAAACACAUCUGCAUUUGAAUCAUUCAAGAUGGCUGACAUGUACUCUCUUGGCCUGGUGUUCUGGGAAAUGGGCUGCCGGUGUGUGACUGGGAACAAACUUAGUGCAGCUGACGAUUAUCAACUCCCAUACUAUAACUGUGUUCCCAGUGACCCUUCCUUUGAAGACAUGCAUGAAGUAGUGUGUAUCAAGAGGAUCCGCCCACACAUCCCUCCAAGAUGGGAAUCAGAGGAGGUUCUGAGGACGUUGGCAAAAGUUAUGCAAAAACCAAACCCAGCAGUGAGACUGACAGCACUCAGAGUAAAGAAGACGUUAUGUAAAUUGGAUGCAGAUAAUACAGUAAAAAUUGUCUAACACCAGUGAAAGUAAUGUAGGGAAUGUGCAAGCAAGAUUUUUCACAGACUGCAACUAAGACUUCAGCAAGUGAAAAGUAUUGUAUCAUCUUGUAUAAAGUGAAGCUUUCGCGGCGACAAAAGUUGAAAGAAAGGCUCUCGGGCUACAAGCUGCAUCAGGUGGCUGGAUGGUGAAUACACCAUGUCCUGUGCCAACAUUUCGAGAGCCAUCUCUGCUCUCAUCCUCAGGGCAGCUGCGUAACAAACUGGUCGUCUGUAGCACACUCACCGAUGGAAAUUGGCAAUGAAUGGCAGGUAGUAGCAUGGUGUUGCUGGUGGCCCGUCUGUUGCUUUGUUUGACGCUGACCAAUAGAAACUAGCAGUUGAGGUCAAGUGCAAACUCUCGCAGACUUCUCAGGUUGUUCAAGACGGCACCAUGCUACUACUUGCUGUCCAUUGCCAGUUCCCAUCAGAAAGCACUCUACAGAAGAACAGUUUGUUACGCAGCUGCCCUGAGGAUGAGAGAAGAGAUUGCUCUCGAAACGUUGGCACAGAAUAUGGUGUAUUCACCACUCAACUGCCUGAUGCAGCUUGUAGCCCAAUUGUCUUUCAUCAAUUAUUGUAUCAUCUUAUUCAAGCAAGUGAAAAUAUUCUUUAAGAAUAUCAGAAUGCCUAAUGUCAUUGUACAGUAGUGUUAACAAUGAAUGGAAUUGUGAACAAGUACAUGUUAACGCAUUGACCAGUCUUACAUGUGCAGGAAGACGUGUUAUGGCUGACAGCCAUAAGAUUGAAGUGGUUUGUGUUCAGUUUUACAUAAUAGUGUACAGGAAAUGUGCAGUGAAAUUUUGGUUUUUAGCCUAAUGUAUACAUUACAAAUGUGUGUGAAGAACAAGAAAAAUUUUGGUGGCCUUGGUAACUGUUAACUGUGUGACAUUGGUAUGUGAUCAUUUUUGUUCACUAAAUGAUACAAAUUUUUUUGACACAUUGUACAUAAGAUCAAAAAUAAUAGGUGCAUAACUUAUGUUAA